GCGGGGCCCGAAGUUGUUCCGCGCAGGGCAGAGGGGCGGGCAGGCGGACCGGGCCGGGGCCGGAGAAGUUUGCACUGCGGCUGUAGAGGGAGAGCGUGGGCCCCCGCCCGCCGUGCACGCCCGCUGCCAUGGCUUUCCGCAGGAGGACGAAAAGUUACCCACUCUUCAGCCAGGAGUUCGUCAUCCACAACCAUGCGGACAUCGGCUUCUGCUUGGUGCUCUGCGUCCUUAUCGGGCUUAUGUUCGAGGUCACAGCCAAGACUGCCUUCCUAUUUAUUUUACCUCAGUAUAACAUUAGUGUGCCUACGUCAGACAACGAGACAGUCCACUACCACUAUGGGCUGAAGGACCUGGUUACCAUCUUGUUCUACAUCUUCAUCACCAUCAUCUUGCAUGCUGUGGUUCAGGAGUACAUUUUAGACAAAAUCAGCAAACGGCUUCAUCUCUCCAAAGUCAAACACAGCAAGUUCAACGAAUCUGGACAGCUGGUUGUCUUUCAUCUCAGCUCCGUGGUAUGGUGCUUCUACGUAGUGGUGACGGAAGGAUACUUAACGAACCCAAGAAGCCUCUGGGAAGACUACCCACACGUGUACCUCUCCUUCCAGGUAAAGUUUUUCUACUUGUGUCAGUUAGCCUACUGGCUGCACGCACUGCCUGAGCUUUACUUCCAGAAGGUACGAAAGGAGGAAAUUCCCCGCCAGCUGCAGUAUAUUUGCCUGUACCUGGUCCAUAUAGCUGGAGCAUACCUCUUAAACCUGAGCCGCCUGGGUCUGAUCUUGCUGCUGCUGCAGUACUCAACUGAGUUCCUCUUCCACAUGGCUCGACUCUUCUACUUUGCAGAUGAGAACAACGAGAAGCUGUUUAAUGCCUGGGCUGCCGUGUUUGGGGUCACGCGCCUCUUCAUCCUCACUCUUGCUGUGCUGGCCAUUGGCUUUGGAUUGGCUCGUGUGGAAAACCAGGUGUUUGACCCUGAGAAAGGGAACUUCAACACCUUGCCCUGCAGGCUCGGAAUGCUGCUCCUGGUGUGUGCCGCCCAGGCCUGGCUCAUGUGGCGCUUUAUCCACUCCCAGCUGAGGCACUGGCGGGAAUACUGGAAUGAGCAGGGUGCCAAGAGGAGACUCCCAGCUGCCCCCAGGCUUCCAGCCAGGCUCAUCAAGAGGGAAUCUGGUUACCAUGAAAAUGGAGUGGUGAAAGCAGAGAAUGGAACUUCCCCACGGACUAAGAAACUCAAGUCUCCCUAAGGCCAAAGGGCUGAGAACAAGAAUCCUCUGGGUAAGGCCCUGACAGGGAGGCGAGGAACCCUGGCCCCAGCUCGGCCUCUCCAUCCUCCUAGCCAUGCUCCAACAGCAGAAACCUGGCUUUAGAGGGGAGUUCCUCUCUGCUUCUUGGCUUUCUCUUCUUCCAUAAACAGUUCUCAAUAAAGCCAAAAAUCUUCCUCUCUUCCUCCUUCAAGCCACCUCCUGGCCUCGCCUCUGUCCUGUAUUGGGUUUUCUUAGAAACCUAGAUUCUCGUCGUUAUCUCAGUGCUCAUCUGUGCUCUUCCUUCAUGGCUGCUUCUUUUUUCUCUUUACUUCUUUAAUGUGCAAUUUUCUCUUGUCUGAUUUUUACAAUGGGAGGGAGCUAAGAUUGCAGUCCUGUUCGUCAGUCCCAGGACCUGUCAAUCUGGAAGCCUCUUGCUCAGGAGCUUCAGCUGGGUCUGAAGACAGGCCCCCAGUGGUCCUUGUAUGGACCAGCAGGUGGAGGAGAGGCCAGCCCUCUUGAAUCACAGUCUUCUUGGUGCUGACUGACUGACAAGAUGUAGGAUUCUGGUUCUGCCUGCCCAUUCCUGAGGCUCAGCAGCCACUGCUGUGGGAUGCUGAGGUGUUUGACUUUGGGACAUGGGGACUUAAUCCAGAAGGACAGUGUUAAUUAACUCUUGAGUCUCAGGACUCCAACGAGCCUCUAGUGCUGCAUUUGGAUUGGAAACCAACUGACCUGCCUUUGCUCCAGAGGGACGUGCUAAGGACAAGUCUCCAACUCCUAGGGCAAGAGCAGAGCACGUUAAACAGCAGGCUCUUCUGGAAAGGAGGCUUGACAAGAACGACAGAAGAGUGAGUCUGAGCUUUUCUCCAGCAGUGCCAAUUGCUGUAGCUUCGCUAUUCAUCCACCAGCAUUCAAAACCAAACCAAACAGCAGUUGCAAACCUGCCCGAGAUACACUGUUCCCAAGUCCAGAAGUAGCCCACCCUGCCAGGGGCCAGACUGGCUACCUUGACUUCAUCUCUAGCUGCAGAAAUACGAAGCCUCACGGGCUCCAGCCCCAAUUGGCCCACCUUUCCUGUGGCCUCACUUGAGUGUUCUUUGAAAUUGUUGCAAUUGUUUGCUGAUAAUUGUUGAACACAACCAUCCUGAAAUCACAGUGACUCAGGAUCACUCUUCUAGUUGCGUGAGCAGACACAGCCAUGUCCACAGGAGUCUUGUGGCCCUCUUCCCUUCAGUAUUCUUUCCUCUCUCUUCUACCUGAAGAUGAGGUCACUAGGUCCUUACAGUGUGUUGUAAGGACUUCCAGAGAUAGAUUUUUAAGGACCCCUGAAUUCUGUGCUGGGGUAUAGGGGAGCUUGGUGACACAGGAACGUUAAUAUACUGGUCCUCUGACGUCAUAGUAGAGACCAGAUCUUGAAUUUUUACUGAUAAAUGGGGAGCUGGGUUCUUUCUGUCUAGGCAGAUUCCCUUCUCCAAGACAAUUGCAAUGCAGGUUAAAGUCUAGCUUACCAGUAACUGAGGAAUUUGGUUCCAAACACCAUUGUAGCAUUUUUUCUCUGUCCAAGAUAAGCAUACUCCCUCCCCUUGGCUUCUUUUGGGUGCCCUUAGGAAGCAAGACAGCAGUUUUGAAAGUAUCUCCCCCCUUUCUUCCUCUCCUUUCCUGAUCCUUCUCUGGGCAGCUCAGCAGAGCUCAUCUGGAACCUUUUAGCCUUUGCAGCCCACCUGUCCUUGUGGUGGCUUUAAUUAAGCUCAUGUUUCCAAUGCUGCCUCUUAGAACAGUGUGGAGGUUCCCAAGCCCACCCCAUCCCAUAAAUCUAAGUGCUUUCCUGGGCCUUCGCCAAGCUGUGUCAGUGGCAAGCCCUUGCCAGCUCUCAGCAAGAGCUUUACCUCUUCAGGUGAGCCCAGGUUGAGCUGUUGAGCUGCACCUUCGAUGAAAACUUGUGACAAGCAUGUGAUGUGUGGAGGUCUUGAAGAGGUCGAGGCAGCCAGAGCAGUUGAGGUCUUAGAUCCAACAGCCCUGUCCCUGUGUAUACAGAUUUUUGCUGUUCUUUCUUAGGACACCUAGUUGGUCGAGAUGAUCUGGCUUCAUGUUCCUUAAGUGUCCUGUGGCUAGGAUUGAUACAGGUUCUGUUCUCUAGAACACAAGGACUUGGUCAGUGGUGGGAGGUAGUGCAGUGUUACUCAGUUUUAAAAGAAAAGCCCGAGAUUAAGUUAGGCAACUCCUCGCUAGCCUGGGCUUCAGGGAUGUUUGGGGGCUUAGAGGAACUGUAGGCCAUGUUCUCACAUACACCCCAAACCCCUCUGACACAUUUAUGCUGUUACAAAGUCAAGUCUUGGUUAUAUAAGUAGAUAGAAACCAUGUUGCCUGAAUUGUAAUAACACAGUUUCACAUCAUCCUGUGAAUAUGCUGGGCUAGCACUAGGUCUACUUGGGGCACAGUGGCUACUUUCUUCAUUUCUAUGCUGUCUCUUCUAAGUACUAUGCUCCUAGUGAAGGUCCUGCCAUACUCCUCCAAGUUUAAGAGGCCGGGUCAGCAGCAUCCCCCGAGAGCAGAAGAUGCUAAUCUCUACCUCAGCAGCGGCUGCCUGUCUCUUGGCAUCCCUGAGUGGCACUCCCUCAUGGGGAUGCCAGGAGGUGGCAGUGGCAGGAGUGAUGGAUGCAGGAUUCCCUGCUGCAGUUGCCCUUCUUGGAGGUCUGGUGUUGGGACAGUUAUUUUUGCCAUCCAUGCUAUCUAUGAUAGCUGCACUAUGAAUUAGUUCCGUGUGUUCCUUGUGUACAUGGUCCUGGAUUAAAAAGAGCAAGCUAAGCCAGGAGGGGAGCUGCUCUCUGCCACCCAAUAGCCAGUCCAAAACCCUGUAUGUGCCUAAAUGACUGCUGAGAGCACCUGCUGAUGUGUCCCAAGGGAGAGCUUACCAGUGCUUACAAUGAGAUGUCUGUGUUCUGGCCACUGUUGCAGUGUUUUUCUAAACUUCCUGGGACCCUAAGAGCCCCUGUAGGUGGGGAGUUGCUUCUUAGUACAUGUUGGCCUUUUCUCAUAAAUAGCAAUUUAAAAAA